UUGUUCACUCGCCAGUUGCCUCUCUCCAAUUUCUCCAUUUCCUCUCCCAUAGACCGUAGUGUGAAAUAAUAAUCACACACACUCAUAACAAAAUAAAAUAAAUAAGAAAGUGAAAGCAAUAUAUCACAAAAUGGCUCUCCGGAGCUCCCGUUCCGGCACCGGGAUUAGGCUAACAUUUAAACUAUUUGCGUAUUUUGUGAGUGUGUCAGUUUUCGUUUUGGUAGCUCUCUCUUUUCUCUUCACUUCCUCUUCCGAUCUACACGUAGGACAUUCACAUGAUUUAAAUGGAGUUGGAUCAGUACGAAGGUCGGUUUUGGCUCUGAAAUCUGAUCCAUUGAAACCGCGGCUUGAUCAGGUCAAGAAGCAGGCAGAUGAUCACCGUUCAUUGGCUCUGGCUUAUGCUUCCUAUGCUCGGAAGCUGAAGCUCGAGAAUUCAAAACUUGUUCGAGUUUUUGCUGAGUUAUCGAGGAACUUUACAGAUCUGAUUUCAAAACCUUCCUACCGCACACUAUUUGACUCAGAUGGGAACACUAUGAAUGAGUCGGUGCUUAGGCAGUUUGAGAAGGAGGUGAAGGAAAGGAUUAAAGUCACGCGACAAGUUGUUGCUGAGGCGAAAGAGUCAUUUGAUAAUCAAUUAAAGAUUCAGAAGCUGAAAGAUACAAUAUUUGCUGUCAAUGAGCAGCUAACGAAGGCGAAGAAGCAAGGUGCUUUCUCGAGCUUGAUUGCUGCCAAGUCUAUCCCGAAGAGCGUGCAUUGUUUGGCAAUGAGGUUAAUGGAUGAGCGAAUCACACAUCCGGAUAAGUAUACAGAUGAUGGGAAGCCUACUCCACCAGAAUAUGAGGAUCCUAGCCUUUAUCAUUAUGCAAUUUUCUCUGACAAUGUGCUUGCUGCUUCAGUUGUGGUGAAUUCGGCAGUUAAAAACUCGAAAGACCCAUCGAAGCAUGUGUUUCACGUGGUGACUGAUAAAAUGAAUCUUGGGGCUAUGCAAGUUAUGUUCAAGAUGAAAGAAUAUAAUGGGGCUUUUAUCGAAGUGAAGGCGGUCGAGGAUUAUAAGUUCCUGAAUUCUUCUUAUGUUCCAGUACUUAAACAGCUUGAAUCUGCAAAGCUUCAGCAGUUUUACUUUGAGAACAAGCUCGAGAAUGCAACAAAGGAUACAACUAAUAUGAAAUUCAGGAACCCGAAAUAUCUCUCAAUAUUGAACCACAUUAGAUUCUAUUUACCAGAAUUGUACCCCAAGUUGCACAGGAUAUUGUUCUUGGACGAUGAUAUAGUUGUUCAGAGGGAUUUGACAGGUCUAUGGAAGAUAGAUAUGGAUGGUAAGGUGAAUGGAGCUGUGGAGACAUGUUUUGGUUCAUUUCAUCGUUAUGCACAAUACAUGAAUUUCUCUCAUCCUUUGAUCAAGGAGAAGUUCAACCCCAAAGCGUGCGCAUGGGCUUAUGGAAUGAACUUCUUUGACUUGGAUGCUUGGAGGAGGGAGAAGCUCACUGAGGAAUACCAUUAUUGGCAGACUCUGAACGAAAACCGGACCUUAUGGAAAUUGGGUACACUGCCUCCAGGUUUAAUCACAUUUUACUCCACAACAAAGCCACUGGACAAAUCUUGGCAUGUUUUAGGGCUUGGCUAUAAUCCAAGCAUCAGUAUGGAAGAGAUCAAUAAUGCCGCAGUUGUCCACUUUAAUGGGAAUAUGAAACCAUGGCUUGAUAUUGCGAUGAACCAAUUUCGGCCUCUUUGGACAAAGUAUGUGGAUUAUGAAAAUGAGUACGUGCAGGCGUGUAAUUUCGGUUUUUAAAUAUACGAGUUCAGGUGGAUGUUUGCUUGAUGGGUUUAACAAGCUAUUCCUGCAAGUAGGCUGACUUGUUGCUGCUCUCUCCCACGGAAAAUAGUGCUCAUUUUCUAUGCCGUAGGUGGUAUUUGUCUAUCCAAGUCUUCGUUAUUUUCUCCAGCAGUAGUUUAGCUUUAGUUUUCAAUUGUCUAUACGGUGUUUAAUACUUUUAUGGACCAGAAGUAAAAAUAAUAUAUCAACUUCUAUUUAUUCGAAAGGCUACUGUCAGAGUUUAGAUAUUGGCAAUUUUUGGGCAGUAAUGUAUUUCAGAAUUCGUGAUUAAGCAACAUAUUUUCUGGUA